AUGCCAGCGAGGAUAAGCUACCCCGCCCCCGUUCUUCACAAGUACUUUGACGGCCGGGCCCCUGCCCCUACCACGGCUUUCGUCAUGCCGGUCUUCGACAUACCGCCUCUGGUCUCCUAUGAACCGACCAAUCACCAAUUCCGCGACCUAUACCCUCUUGGCCGAACCCGCGACUUUCCAAGUCACCUUCGAUCCCUACGUGUGAAGUUCAAGAAAAAGAUAGAAAACACUUGUGAUAUGGUCCAGGAAAAGUUGCCUGGCGUCUUCGAUUUUGAAAAAGAUGAUCUUUGGUUUCGAAGGAUGAACCUGAGGUCCCUGAUGCUGUUGAUGUCAUUCUUUGUUCCGGUCAUAUCGACUUCAAAUUCCGACAACGAGUACGAGUUCGGCCCUGGAAUUUACGCCACCAAUGACUUCGACGAAGGAGCCAAAUAUGCCCACCCUCAAGGAGAUCUUCAAGAAUCCCGACUUCAGAGACCUUUCGGUGUGGGAGCCGGGCAAAGACGAAUGGAACAAUCUGACGGCGACCUGGCUUAA